AUGACAUUGUUUGAUGCAAAACCACAUAUCAUGAGGUUUAAUGAGCAUCAAAUGACUCUAUUCUUGUGGUGGAGAAAGCCUAUAUGUAUGGGAAGACACGCAUUUGGUGAUCAGUACAAAGCUACUGACACAAUGAUUAAAGAACAUGGAAAACCGAAGUUGGUGUUUAUUCUUGGAGGAGAAGGUGAAGAGAUAAACUUGGAGGUUUACAGUUUCACGGGUGUUGGAGCUUUGUCAAUGUACAACACUGAUAAGUCCAUUGUUACUUUUGUUGAAGCCUCAAUGAACAUAACUUAUCAGAAAAAAUGGCCACUUUAUCUUAGCACCAAGAAUACCAUCCUCAAGAAACAUGAUGAAAGAUUUAAAGACAUAUUUCAAGAGGUUUAUGAAAGAAACACGAAGUCAAAGUUUGAGGCUGCUCAUGUAUGGUAUGAACAUAAUCUUAUCGAUGACGUGGUUGCCUAUGCUCUCAAGAGUGAUGAAAGGCAUGUCUGGGAAUGCAAAAAUACAAGCUUUUGA